UCGCACUCAACGCGGGAACAUCAAUUUCCACUCAAAUACGUGACGCGCCGCAGUUCCGAGUUGCCGCUUGUUCACGUCGCAGUUUUGAGUGAAUUGUACUCGUGAACGGUCAUAAAUAUUAUUGUGAGCGGGGUUUUUUCGAAAAUUUAUAAAAAUAAAUAAAUUCUUUAUGAAUAUCGGGCAGUAAAGAUACGAAUAGGGUAAAAUUGUUUGCCUACGAACGGUGUACAACAAAAAUACAGCGAAGAUUAGCAAUAAUUUUGUGUUUAAUUCAUGUGGUAGUGUGAAUAGCGAGGGCGACUUGGUAUGAAAUCCGUCUGCGUUGUGAAACGAAUCACAAGUUCGCUAGUGUUUUGCUAAAUAUUUUUCAUAUAAAAAUUAACACCUACAAAUAUACAAACACAGCAGCAGCUGGCAGUGAACCAACCUUAAAUAUAAUUAAGGUAAAGAAUAAUUUAGUGAAUUCAGCAGUGUAGUGUUUUUGUGAAUAAAGUGUAAAACAAUUCAGAAUUGACAGCGCAACGCAGAUAAUUUUAAAGAAGCAAACAAAUAGAAGUGUAUCGUAUAUAUUGAUAAUGCUCUUUCCAAGUGUAAGAUGAAUAUAAAAUGCAAUCUAGUUGAUUUAAUAAAAGUGUACAACUACGUUUGAAUGAAACAAAGUGAAAGUGGAGAAAAAAUAAUUUUGCAUUGUGGUUAAGCAGUUGGCUAGUAGUAGUGCAGUUGAAAGAAGCAACAAUUGAAACGCCACAACUGAAAAGUUAGUAAUACUGAAAUUGCGAAUACUAGUAAAUUUGUUGCAAAGCUUACGCGUUAUAAGAAUCCGAAAUAAAUUUCGUACGUCGUCUAAUUUUUAAAGUGAUACAAUUUCGAUCAGAACAGAACAAGAACAGAGAUUUUGGCGCAAAAAGUGGACGUUCAAGGUUUUCCAUAAUAGCAGCAGCAAACAAGAUUGUUAGCUAAAACGCCUCCAAGAUGUCAAAGGAAGUAGCAGUCGUAGUGUCUUCUAACGGACGAAUGUCGUUAUGCAACACAUCGCAAUAGUUUCUAAUUGUAUUAAAAUGACUUAGAACACCGUUAAACAAUUAAGGACGUCUGGAACUGAUUGAUAUUUAUUAGACGUACAGCGCUGAGUUGUGAUUGAAAGCGAAAAGGCAUCACUAAUGGAAAAUGGUUUAGUGAACUCUUCAUACACCAACGCAUAAAAUAUCACAUAUCCUACUAUACUAUAUUUCCUACAACAAAAAUCUUCUAAUACUGCACACUUAUGUAUACUUAAUUGAUACAGUCUCCUUUAGAAAUAAAUAAACAAAGAAAUACUCAUUACUCGUGCACACAUACUCUACGCACAAAUCGCCAAUAUGAAUUCCGUAAUCUCCGCGUUUAAAACGAAAAAGAAUUCCAGCAAUUCUGCCACCGCCAAUGACAAAUCUGCUAACACCGUAGUCACGCUGAACACCACCAGCUCCGUCAGUGCGAAGAAGAAGGCAAUUAAUGCACAGGAUAACGGUUAUCAGUAUCUGCGACACAUACGCGAAAUCGAAUCCGCCACCAAGAUGUUGUCGCCCGUGGUGGUGGUCGAUGACUUCCGACCGCCAUGUGUCGAUGUGGUCGAUCACGCGCCCGUAACUGUACGCCUGGCAGCCGCCUUGGAUACGACACUACCAGCCGACUACAAUAUGAACGGUGCCAAGUGUGCGAUGUUGAAUGGUGGCGCUGUUGCGGGCAGUGGCGAAAUGUUGGUGCGUGUGGGCGGAAAUAUGAACGCCACCAAUGUUGUAGCAAAUGUGGAGAAUGGUAAUUGCAAUGAAACACCACCCGCCAGCAAGACGAUAACAAAUGGGCAGACUCAGAGUCCACCGACGCCCAGCAGUCCGGUGGCGCAGCUACUUGACGCGGACGACGAUGAGUCAGAGCAUUCGACGGCAGCAUGCACGAGUAGCUCCAGCGAGCAAAGCAACAGCACAGUGGUGCAUAGUCCAACGGGUUUACGUGUGACGGGGACAACGGACGUCGCAAUCGCAGCUCCCACAGUCGCACAACCGAGCCCAGCAAAAAGUCUACGCAGCAAUUCCUCAACAUCAUCCUCAUCGUCCGCCUCCACCUGCACCUCCACCAAUUCCGCCGCCAGCACAUCAGCAUCUUCAUCGAUUGCCGCCAUAUGCAAUUCAGGACCAAGUUCGUGCAGUUCGUCUACCAGCUGCGACGCGACAACGCUAGCCAACUCUUCGCCACACAAUUCCACACUGACAUUGUCGUCGACCGGCAGCGGCGCUAGCAUCGCAUCGACAUCAUCUUCACCCACAGAGCAACUGAACAGCGCCAAUGCAGCAGAUGCGGAUUAUGUGCCUGCAUUUCUGAAGUCCGCACCCGUCACAUUGCCCAUCAUCAUGCCGAAUGGCAACAGCAGCUUGGCGUCGAUGCCGCCACACUACCACGGCUACGGCAUGAAUGGCGGUGGUACGGGUAUCGGUGCGUGCGGUGGCACACCCGUUAACUCGGCGUCAACUACUCCGAAGCACGUGCGUUACGCCAAACCGCGUCUGAGUUUGAGUCGUUUCAUCAAUCAUUCGAUGCCGUCGGUGCAUGGACGUCCGAAUCUGAGUGUGGCAGGCGUCGCUGCAGCAGCCGGUGCAGGCGCGAACGGUGCGGCGGGGACAAAUCCGCCAAAGCGCAUUUCGACGCAUCAGCGGAAUUUGAGUUUGGACUUUAGGUCCAUGGGCAUUUUACUGCCACCCGUCUCGCAGGUGACCAACACACGCAUCAAUUUAACACAACAUCAUCGCAAUCGUAGCCUGGACAGCGCCUUGCAGCGCAUACCGGAGGUUGAAGUCUCAUCGCCCAAUUCGGAGAGCGAGAACACAUUCUGCACACCCUCUAUUCUGGGCACUACUAUGUGCUCGAAAAUCGUCACGACUGCAGCCAAUGUUACAGCCGCCCUCACGACCACGACAACACCAGCGCUGACGUCAUCAUUAACACCAUCACCACCAGCCUCGUCUUUGGCUACGCCUGCUGGGGUGUCCACGAUAACAGGUGGUUUAAUGGACUCAGUGUCUGCUGCCCCAAUUGCAGCUAUGACCACAGAGCCCACAGCCAACAACAGCAACAAAAUAGAUAUAAACAUUAACAAUAUCGGCAGUGGCAGCAGCAGCAACAGCAGCAUCGGCUUGGGCAACAGUAGUAUCGGUGGUGGCGGUGCCAUUGCGAUUGUCGAGUCCUGCCCAACGUUGCGCAUUCGUCCUAAAUCGAGCGAGGCAACGACACGUUGUGGAGUGUUGCCGCUUGCAGGUGUGGCAUCGUGCAGUAAUCACAGCAACAACACCAGCAGCAACAAUAGCAACGGCAGUAGCAGCAGCAAGAAACGCGAAGACCUCACCAGUCUCGGAUCCGAUGAUUCAGGCAUAAUUUGCGGUUCCGACUCGGAUCAAAUUUCUCUCAAUCGCAUACGUCACUCACACGAAUCGCUGGACUCGGGUGAAAUGGACGCCGAGGAAGAAUGCAUUGAUAUGCUGGAAACGACUUCGAUGGAUGAGGAAUAUGGCAUGCUACAGUCGGACUUGAUAUUUUAUCCAUCCGGUGAAACAGACUGUCGAACGUUACGUCCAUCACGCAAACAAAAGCAAAUGCAACAACAGCAGAAUCAUGGAAAACACCUGCAGAGCGCCACUACCGAUGCGGAUGUUAUGGGCGCCGCCGAAGAGGACAGUGACGCAGACAAUGACGUCAAGGCAGCAGCACAACUGUCAGAACGUAUGCGCUAUCGCGAAUUGAAUAUGUCACAGGCAGCAUUGAAUUUGGAGCGUGCGAGUAGUGAUACACCAACGGCUCUGAAUGUCGAUUUGGCCACACCCACAGCUGAUACAGUGGAUGCGGCAACACCAGUAAUAUCCCAGUCAAACCCACUAUUGACUUCGACGAGCUCCACGAAUGUCGCUGCAACACCACAAACCGCACAGCCGGCGAAGACACAAAAGGUCGCCGAUGUGGCAGGAGCUGGUGCUGCUGUUGAACCGCAGAAGAAGAGUUUCUUUGGUGCAACGAAGAAUGCGUUCUUCCGCACCGCUCAAAGCAUACGAGAUAAUCACGACAAAAAGAAUGCGGCAAAGAAUAAGAGCGAUGAGAACACUGGCAGCACUGGUGCCAGCGCAGCGCCGGACCAAGUAAAAUCUCCGACGGAUAUAUCGAAGAAGAAAGAGUUCUUUAGUUUAAUCACAUCGAAUUCGAUCAAGAAGGCUGCUGCCGCGGCCGCUGCAGCUGCGGCCGCUGCUACUUCUGCGCAACCAUCCGCUUCCAAUACGCCAGCCGCCACUCCGUCAGCAGAUUCAACGCCAGUGGAACCGAAAUUUCCCAAAUUUCCAUCUUUAGUGUCUUCCGCUAUAGAAAGUGUGGAGAAGAGAGCCAGUGCUGCUACAGAAGGUACGGAGAGAACACUUAAUCUCCCGCUACCCGGUCUCGGCGCUUCCUCUUUGUCAACCUCAAAUGCAAAAUCUGCUUCCAUCUCUUCGCUAAAUAAAUUAAAAGUUCCAGGUGUAGUGAAAUGCUUCAUCAAGGAGCGUCCGACCAACAACGAGCAAUUGCAAAAGACUGAAAAAGGUCCAAGUGGACUGCUGAGAUUCUUCGAAUCUCCCGUCUUUAACAUACACUUUGCUAUACACUAUCUAUUCUACUCGAAAGAACCCGGUGUGCUCAGUUUUAUUGGUAAUAAGAUAUUCAGUUUCCCAGACCAAGAGGUAGACCUCUAUAUGCCACAGUUAAUUGUCAUGUACAUACAAAUGGAUGAGCUGGCCGAAGUGCUCGAUCCUUACUUGACAAUCCGCUGUCGCAAAUCGGUGGACUUCUCAUUGAAAUGCCUCUGGCUGCUUGAGUCCUACAACUAUCAAUUCGACUCGCUAGGCAAUGGAUCACGCAAAUCACAAUUAGCCCUAAUGAAGGAAAUCUAUUCGAAGAAAGAACGUAAAGUAUUGAGCAAAUCGGACGCCAAGGAGCUGCCGCCGGCAGUAGGCGGAGCUGUGGCUGCCGCAGCCGUAUCACCAUUAACAAAAAAGACACACCAUCGUUCGCAAUCUGACGCCACGCUAUUGUUAAGUGAUUCACGCCGCCACCCAUCAUCCAUCGCACUAAGCAUAUCAAAUCGCCACUACCAACAGCCGCCAUACACAACGCAAACUCUGCCACUGAUACCGCCCAAGUUGUGUUUAGGCGACUUGACCUCUGGGCGAGCUUUCGACAAUGGUUGCACCUGCUUCGACAGCGUACGCGGCCAGGUUAAUGGCCUGCUUGGGCAGAAAACCGUGUGCUCAUGCAGCGCACCAAAAACAGCCCCCGAGAAGGAGUUUAUGAAGGCUCUGAUAAAUGUUGGCAAAAAUAUCACAUCGCUACCGUCCAAGGCGGAGAAAACCUCAGCGCUACGCAUGUUUUUGAACCUGAUCAAUAAGAAUCUGCCGGCCCGCGUUUGGCUUCCGGUAUUUUCCGACAUUCCACACCAUGUGGUGCGCAUAACAGAGGAAAAGACUGCGGUGCUCAACUCUAAGGACAAGACGCCGUACAUCAUUUAUGUCGAAGUAGUCGAGGUGCCCGAUAUUUAUUCAUCGCCACUCAUACCGAAGAUGAUGCCGUCACUGCGGCACACGAAGAGUGAGGAGCACUUGGAAGGCGCUUGUAGUCAUCCCCACCAAAUGCAUCAGCACAAUCACAACCACAAUCAUGUGAGUUGUAGUCGCACAUCGAGUUGUAGUUCUCAUGGUGGCCCUGCUAUGAGCGGCUCAAACUCUGGCUCAAGUUGUCGUCGUAAAAAGGAAAAACUGCUCUCUGAGUCAUCGUCCGUGGCAUCGGAAGCACAAGCCUCAACAGCUGCUGGCGGCGAUGGUGCGCAUGUAUGUAAUACGCAGCCAAUAGGUCUAUCUCUCGGUGGCUUGCAUUUAACGGAAGACGACGUGUGGUCGCAGGAGGAUGACGAGAUAACGGCGCAAUAUAUGCAUAUGCGGAAAUUAAGUGAACGCGACGCCGUCUCCCAAAUGUCGCUCGACUCCUGUGACUCAAGGGAUCAAGGCAUACCUGUUCUUUUCAAUAUUGGCGAUGUGCGCACUCGCCACUGCAAUAACUUAACCUGCGAAAACACAAAAUCAUUCAACAAUGAUCCCGAAGAUCCCUCAGCGGCAGCUUUGAAGGAGCCCUGGCAUGAAAAGGAGCAACAGAUCCGCGAGUCAUCGCCUUAUGGCCAUCUGUCAAAUUGGCGUCUGCUCUCGGUAAUUGUCAAAUGUGGCGACGAUUUGCGGCAGGAGCUCAUGGCCACACAACUUUUGCAGAUGUUCAAAAUCAUUUGGCAAGAGGAAAAUGUCGAUCUCUGGGUGCGACCGUACAAAAUUGUUUGCUUAUCCAGUGACAGCGGUCUGAUUGAGCCAAUCCUGAAUACGGUAUCAUUGCAUCAAAUCAAAAAGAAUUCCAAUAAAUCUUUACGCGAUUAUUUCAUCGACGAGUAUGGUUCCGCAGAUGGCGAACUAUUUCGUGUGGCGCAAAAGAAUUUCGUACAAAGUUGUGCUGCAUACUGUUUGAUAUCGUAUCUAUUGCAAGUGAAGGAUCGGCACAAUGGCAACAUUUUACUGCAUUCAGACGGUCAUAUCAUACACAUAGACUUUGGAUUCAUACUGAGCAUAUCGCCAAAGAAUUUGGGUUUCGAACAAUCACCAUUCAAACUGACACCCGAAUUCGUUGAUGUUAUGGGCGGUACGAGUUCAGAUCUCUGGAAGGAGUUCAAUCAUCUAUUGCUUGUUGGCAUGAUGACAGCGCGCAAGCACAUGGAUCGAAUCAUCAAUUUUGUGGAAAUAAUGCGUAGCAAUGCACAAUUGCCCUGCUUCAAAAAUGGUUGCUCUGGCACCGUACAGAAUCUCCGAAAACGUUUCCACAUGAAUUUGACCGAACAGGAAAUGGAGCGCAAAGUGGAGCAACUCGUACAGGACUCGCUCAAGAGUCUCUCCACAAAAUUAUACGAUGGCUAUCAAUACUAUACGAAUGGUAUAUUGUGAGAAAGGUUUUUCAUGAAAAUUUAAGGCGACUCCAACAUGAAACACCAACACACACGCUCGCUGCUGCAUAAUAGAAGAGAAUAGAAUUGCAUUUGAAGCAAAUGCGAAAUACAAACGGCAGCGUUUACCACAGUCAUCAAGCUGUUGCUGCUGAUAUAUUAGGUAGCGGUGGACUCGUCACACCAUUGUUUUGUAUGUAAUUACUUAUGUGUAUCUUGUUUUGGAUAGUUUUUGUAAACGAGAAAAGAAAUCAAAAUAAGAAUAUGUCGUUGCGACUGACUAAUUAACUGACUGAUUGACUGACUGUAGUUUUGUUAGAUAAUGUGAAUACAAACAAGAAGAAGAAUACGUGCUAUUGCAUGCGAUCCCCAUCCCCCCAAAUGGAUAAUGCAAUGCUUUGCGAAUUUUCAACACUGACAGUUUUUUCUUCUUCACUCUACUGUAUACUGUAUACCUUCCUUUUUGUAUAUACAGACAUCUAUAUAUAUAUAUAUGCAAAUAUACAUAGUAAAUAUUUAAAAAUCAACAUAGUACAUACAUACGUUAAAAUAAUAAUUAGUAAUUAGUUUUAGUGUACUAUGUUUAUAUGAAUGUAUUGUUGUGUGUUGCUUAAAGAAAAAGAAAAAGAAAAAAAGAAAACGAAAAACUAAUAGUGUGAGUAAUAUGUGUAAAUACACUUGAGCUGUUGCAGAUUUCGAACGACAAACCAGCAAAUAAAAACAAAACAAAAAGAGCAGCGUGUGCAAAUGUAUAUAUUUAUAUGUGUUAACCACUUACGAAGCGCGGCUGUGUGAGCCAGAAAUAAAAUAUAAAAAAUAUCAAGUAAAUCAUCAACACAUUUUUAAACAUUUCCAAAAGCGCAUUAUUUCAAAUAUAAUAUAUGAACUUGUACUUUAACUUUAGCAAAUUUGGUUUUUCUUUGACUUUAAUCAAACGAAUUUGCAGUUAUUAGUCGACGAUUGAUUGGUUGAUGGCGAUGAGUUUGCGACGUGCAGUUGUACAAAAUAUUUAUACAUUUGCUGGCUCAAGUAUAAGCCAAUAUAAACAAUUUUGGAUUCUCUGCAUACGCAAGAAAAAUGAACAGAAGUAGAAAAUAAAAUGAUACACGUCGUAGGAGCGAUAAUCUUGCAACAUUUGUAAUUGCACAUGUUGUAUUUAUAUUUCUUAAUGAAGUCGAAUUAUUUCAAAUCGCGCAUCAGUUUAUUUUUCCUUAUGUCUUUGUAUAUAUAUUUAUGACUUUUUAAUUAUUCGCCUCACGUACAUACAUAUGUACAUAUUUUAUAUUAAAAUGUAUGCGCUUUAAUAUAAACAUAUACAUAUAUGGAAUAGAAAAAAAAAUACCUUACGUUCUCGUAUGUAUAUUUAUUAUAAUUUUAUAUAAAGAAGUGUAAAUAAAUACAUGUAAAAAAUUCCAAGAUAUUUCUCGUCGCUCGUCUUUACCACUCCAAUGGCUACAUUUUUUAUGAGAUCAAACAAACUUUCUGUAAAUAUAUAUUUAUAUUUUAUAGUUUAGCAUAUGCGUUUAAAUGAAUAAUAAUAAUUAAAAAUAAGUAAAUUUAGUAAUAAAUAGCUAAAAUAUUAAAUAAUUAAUAUAUGGAAAACGUUUCAGACAGUUUGUCAACUGUAUGCACACUUUUAAAUUUUAUAGUAUUAAAUUACUCGAAGGAGCUGCUAGCCAGCUGUAUAUAGCAAAGAAGCGCGCUUAAAGCGUCAACAAAAAAGAAAAAAAAGAAAAUGCAAAUAAACAGCAACAAAAAACGUGUAAACGGAAAUAAAACGAACGAAAAGCAAAGUUCGUAUGCGAAGUUUAACGCUGCAUUGACUAAGCUAAGUAAUACUAAAUGUUUGUAAUUAUUACUUGGAAUAACUACUUUUCCUACAGCAAGAAAAAAAGCAAAAAAAUAUAUAUAUUUAAUUAUAAAUCGUUUGCCACGAAUUAGUAUGUUAAGCAGUCUUAUAAAUUCGAACUAAAAAUAUAAAAAAUUAAAAAUUAAUAACAAAAUGAAAUGUAUUAAUAAAUAAGUGAAAUCUUUGUGAAAAUUUCCAUUGAAAAUCAUAUUUCUUCGACAUUGAAAACAAUCAAAAUCAAAACGUUAAGCAUAUUCGUAAUAUCAUACACACAUACAUACACUCACACACACACACACUUGCGCAUACGUUCAUAAGAAAAUAGCAAAAAAGUUCUGCAAUUGUAAAAAGUACACUCUUUCGCUCCAAAACUCGUUUUUUAUUAACUUCCUUCAACAAUUAACAAUACGAUUAUAUACAUAUACAUAUACAUAUAUAUGUAGUAUAUUAUAUAUUAGUGGAGAUGUGAAUAUUUUAUAUCUAAUAAUUAAAUGUGUUUGUAAGACGUAACAAUAUGAAUGUAUAUAAAAAAAAUUAUUUUAAUUUGCUAAGCCUUCAAUAUACAUACAUACAAUGUACCUAUGUACAACAGUAUAUUAUAUACUAAAUGUAUACAUUUUGCCUAAUAUUAUAUAUGAUAAUAUGAAUGAAACGCCAAUAAUACAUACAUACAUACAAGCAUAGUUAUUACAUACAUACAUAUAAAUAUUUACUUACGAUUGUACGAAUUGAAUUUUCGAGCAAAGAAAAUCGCCUACAAACUAAAAAGCAAAGUGAUUUUGCAAUUUGCAAAUUCAUUCAACAAAAAAAAGCGAAAUAAAUUGAAAUUUUUUAUAAACACACACAUAUUUGAGUUUUUUGUGCUCUUCGUUUGCUUUUGUUGGUUUUUCUAAUUGUUUAAUUUUAUGAGGCGCAGCAUGCUUUGAGUACUGCUAUAGCUGUAGAUGAACUGCGUAAGACCUGGUUAAACAUUUCAUAGUUUUUUCUUUAAAUUAUUUCAUUUUUAUAUUUUUGAAGGUAAAAAUCUUCGUAAAUUAGUUGACAUAAAAUUAAGAAUCAAUUUUACAAAACUAAAUUGUUAUUUCUAAUCUCAAAUGUUUCUCAGGAUUUAUUGCAUUUUUAUUGUUUUACGAUAAAGUAGAUAUUUGCCACUUUUUCUGCUCUAAAUCUGCAAUCGUUGCCAAACGGUCUUUUGACUUCAAAAUUUGUCAGUACUCUUUCGCAACAUUUAUCUUGGCAACUUGUUGCUAGCAACAUUUCCUCAGCACCUAAUAAAUUUCGUGCUAUAUUUAUAGCCUACUUUUAGGCGCAUUUAUGCGCCAUUAACAUUUUCUAUGGAAUUUAUUUGAUUAAUUCAUUUAUUUAUAAGAAACACAGCUUAAACAGGAAAAAGAAAACUGAAUUUGAAAUUUCGAAAUUGUGACACUAAACGAGAAGGAUGCGGUAAAGUGAAGUAAAUAUGUAUAUUAUAAGUUGAAAAGUUCUUGGUUGUGUAAAUACAAAGUGUUGUUGGCGCUUAUUGUUGCUAGGCAGCGUGUUAUAUGUAAAACAUUAAUUAUAUAUACAUACAUAUAUAUAAAUGAAUAUGUAUGUUUGUAAAUAUGUUCGAAAGAGUGUGGACAUUGGACAGCUAUAAAGCGCAUGUAUGCAUGAUAAUGAAAAUGAAUAAUUGUUAAUUCUGUGGAGAAAUGUGGAAUGGGAUUGAGCCGUAUUUGUUAAAACCAAAGCCAAAAGUAGAUAAACAAUUAAAGGAAAACGGAAAAAGUACCGCAAUUAAAGUUAAAUGAACUAUAUAAAUGAAUAUGUGUGUUGUCCGCUAUAAGCUUGAGUACCUUCAUGCAAUAAAUGAUAAAAAAAAAAACAAAAAAAAAUAAAUAUAAUUAAAUCCAAAUGCAACAGAGAUCAUCAGUAUAUUAAGCUUUAUAGUAAUUAAUUAUGAACCUUAUUAUUUGGUUUUUCUUUUAUAUUUUUUUAUACAAUUAUUAUGCUUAAAGAAAAAUAUUUUGCUGUUUCUUUAAAAACUAAAUUUAACUAGUAUUAACAAUUUUUUUUUUUUAAUUUAAUAUGUAAUUGGCGUAGCAAUGGGAUUAAUAUACACAUCAAGUUGAUUUUAAAAGUCUUUAAUAUCCAAAAUUUAAUAACCAAAUAAAUAUUUAGUUUAAAACAGUUUCUUAUAUUUACAAUUCCUUAAGGAUAAGUUAAAUUUCCCCUUUUUUUAAAUUAUUAUUUUUCAAGCAAUAUUUUUUUUGAAAAAAAACUAAUUAUACUAAUUAACCGUACAGCUCUUCCAAGUGCCAAAUAUUCAUAUUUAUGACCAAAGUAAAAAUCUUAUAAAAAUAUAAAACCCUUAUUCAAAUAGCAAUAACAACAAUAUACACGCUCACAUUCAUAUAUGUGUGUAUAUAAAAUACACAAAAGAAAACAUCCAAUUAAAUAAUAAAAUUCAAGAAUUCAUAGUAAAAGCAGUUAACUCAAUUAAUGACAUACAUAUUUAUACGCCACAUACAUACAUUCAUACAUACAUAGGUAAUAUGUAACUCGUAAACCCUUCGAAAGCUUCGCUCUUUUAUAAAUCUAAUCAUAUUUGCUUGCCUCCAACGUACUUGUCAAAUCUAAUCAUUAACCAUCACUCGUCCCCAUAACUACAACUAACCACAAACAAACAAACAAACAUACAUACAUAUGUACAUUCAUAGGUG